AUGUCUCGCUGCCCGAGAACACAUCUCGAUAUAACGAACGUUAUCAGUGCGCCGACUGGCAGCGGCAAGACCGUGCUAUUCGAACUUGCUAUCAUCAAGACGUUAAAAGAAACGUCAGGCACAAGCCUCAAGUCGCGUUGUGUAUACAUCGCUCCUACGAAGGACAUGCAGUCGCUAUGUACGGAGAAAGCGACUGACUGGGAGGCGAAAUUUGGGCCGUUCGGAGCCAAAUGCUCGGAGCUUACUGGGGAUACUGUCAACACUGGACGGGGCGCGUGGGGGGAUGCGAAGGAUGCUACAAUAAUGCAAGGGGAGAAAUGGGAUAGCUUAACUCGCAACUGGCAAGAUCACCAACACAUCUUGUCUCAAGUCAAACUGUUCCUCAUAGACGAAGUCCAUCUGCUCAAUGAGACUAGAGGCAGCACAUUGGAGGUUGUCGUCUCUCGGAUGAAACUGCGCGGGACGUCUGUCCGCUUCAUCGUGGUAUCUGCGACGGUACCCAACAUCGGAGAUGUUGCCGACUGGAUUGGAAACAACUCGGAUACAGGGCCUGCUACGAUCAAAGAGGUGAGAUUUGGAGAGGACUUCAGGCCAUGUCGGCUGUCCAAGUUCGUCUACGGCUUCCCGCGCCGCAGAGACACCAACGACUUCGUCUUCGCAAAAGCUCUCGACUAUAGACUCUACGGUGUAUUACAGCAACACUGCAACGAUAAGCCUGUGCUUGUCUUCUGCCCGACGCGUAAAGGGGUGAUGUAUGCUGCGGAGCACAUCUUGAAAGAGUAUGAAGAGGCCUUGGGCAAGAAGGAGGUUGUCCCAUGGACGAAGCCUCCCAGAAUCGCACACACGUUCGGCAACAAGCAGGUGGACAAACUCGCUUCCUUUGGCAUCGGCGUUCACCAUGCUGGCUUGGAGAAGAGCGACCGCAACGCUACGGAACAGCUAUACCUCAAGAGGGACCUGAAAGUCUUGUUCGCCACCUCUACCCUCGCCGUCGGGGUGAAUUUGCCGGCACAUACCGUCGUUAUCAAGGGCGUCAAGUUGUUCCAGAAUGGCACAUCGCAAGAAUACUCCGACUUGGACGUCAUGCAGAUGAUCGGGCGCGCUGUGUGGACCUGCUGUCUCAAACGCCGCGUUGCACAGGGUCGCCCGCAAUUUGACAAGGAAGGCGUAGCCAUUAUCAUGUGCGAACAAGAACUAGAAGCGAAGUACAAAGCGCUCGCCCAAGGUCAGACGGUGCUCGAAAGCAGCCUACAUAUGGGGCUCUCGGAACACCUCAACUCCGAGGUUGCGCUAGGCACUAUCACGAGCAUGGACACAGCGAAGGAAUGGCUACGCAGCUCCUUCCUUUAUCGACGUCUCCAGAAGAACCCUGCGCAUUACGACAUCAAGAAAGAAGGCGACAAGAGCUGGCAGGCGAGAAUGGACGACUUGGUCACAGCUAGCAUUACUGCCCUCGACCAAAGCGAGAUGGUGGUUCGCGACGGAGACGAUGACGCUCUAUCUUCCACAGACUACGGAGACAUCAUGAGCAAGAUGGUGCAAAUUAUGAAAUUAUCCGAGAAGGCCACCGUCAGAGAGAUUCUCGAAACCAUAUCCUGUUCUACCGAGUUUUCUGACAUCAAGUUCCGAUCUGGCGAGAAACAGGUCUACAACAAACUCAGAGCACACAUCGAUAUUCGCUAUCCCCUCAAGAAGAUCGAUAAGCCCUCUGACAAAGUCUUCAUCCUGAUUCAAGCCAUACUGGGAGCAGUCAAUCUCUCGGAACAUGAAUAUAAGACCGCAGAGAGUCAACCCUACACGGAGUCCAUCCCGAUCUUGCGCCAUAUCUCGCGGAUCGCACGAGCUGUCGUUGAGGUUGCAAACGUCCGCAUGGCUGGUGCGUUGCUUAAAAAUGCACUGGAAGUGAUGAGGUGCUUGACGGCAAAAGCAUGGGAGGACCGGAGUGUCAUCUUCCGCCAGCUCGAUGACAUCGGGCUGAAGUCACUCAAGGUAUUGGCAGAGAACAACAUCACGACCUUUGCGGCACUACGGAAGAAGGACCCUGGCUACAUUGAAAUGCUGCUCAAUCGCAAACCUCCCUUCGGACACGAGGUUCUUGCCGCUGUCAAUCGGCUCCCCCAAUACCAGGUCGAUCUGUCUGAGGUUGGGCUUUCCGUUGGCAAGGACGGAAUCAGCGUCACAUUGUCCGUCGAAUGUGGGCUGGCGCAAGACGUCAAGGCGGCAAGCUGGAAGAAAAACAAAAAGCAGAAGCGCCGAGACAUGACAUUGGUCCUGAUUCUGACCUCUGACCACGGCUUCGUCGAUUUCCGUCGCAUUUCUACCUCUGCUCUGAAGGAUGUCAAGGUCUUUGAGAUUGCAACGAAGCUGACCAAGCCUAGCCAAUCGAUUGUCGCCUACGUGACUUCGGAUACAUAUGCCGGUAUCACGGUGUCAGCCUCGUACAAGCCCAAGCUCGAAUCAUCUGCAUUCCCGGUUCCCAAUACUCGACCCCAGGACUCCAUGACACGCGACCUCGAGGGCCUGGAAGAUGUCGCCAAUUUCUGGGACAUGGAGGGCGAUGGAUUCGAUGAGGCUCAAGAUACUCGGCCCACCGAUAACACGUAUAAGGAGUGUACAGGAUCAAUAGGACGAUCGAAAGAACAGCUGAUCGCCGAUACACACUACGAGCCAGCGGUAGCGUCGUCUGCUCCCUCGAAACAACUCGCGAACGGCAACUUCGAGUUCGUCCUUUCAUUGUUCUUCUCCAGGGGAUAUAUCGACCAGUUGUCCAGAUGCAACCACACUUGCAAAGACAAGACGAAAUGCAGGCAUCUGUGGUACAGUUGUCGGGAUGGACUAUCGAAGCCUCCGCCCAUGACAAGGAAACGUUUGGAGGCAAUCGUAGCCUGCGACACAUCUCUCCCUAAGCUUACAGUGCCCUUGAAGGCUGACACCCGGUCAACCAACCGUCAAGACGAUACGAGCAAGCCCAAACCGAAACCGAAGGUCAGAUCGGAUCGACCGCUCAAGGACUUGGAGGCAUUGCAUGAGCGUAUGGGAGUCAAGGAGAAUCUGCAGCUGGGUGGCCAUACUCGCAUCAAACUGGAUGCCGACUUGACAUCAGGUCCUCCACGGAAACGCAAGCCCGUACCGAACUUUGACCUGAGCUUCACUCAGAUUAGGGACGAAAAACCUCGCAAAGCCCCUCGGGUAGAUGAUGAUGACUUGGACGUCUCUGAUGACGAUUUACCUGAUGCUCUGGACCUUAUCGACGUUGCUGGGGACUUAGAGUCUGGGCGACAAGGUGCUACCUCGGAAUCUACUGACUAUGCUGACCCGGAAUUCGAUGCUCUCAUUGCGGAUUUGCCUUCACUCGACUCCAAUCCUCGGGAAGAGUCGCAUCAUGAGCAUGAGCAAAGACCAGCCUUGAGUACUGGAGAUCAUUCCCUGGACACCGUGUCGAUGCGUCGUCCGAACAAGAGAAGGCGGUCAGUGUCAAGCUCAGACAAUUCUCCUCCGCGGAAGAAGCACGGCAAGGCACCUGCUGAUUCCCCCAUCGAAGUAUGGGUCUUUUUGUCUUUCUCAGGCUCGCGGAGCAUUUACCGGAGUAUCACAGAUACUUUCCUCGCCUAUGAAAGCACCCGUAUUCCACCCAUCCGUGUCCAAUGA